AUGGUGACAGCUCGACAAGUGGAGCCAGCCGGUGACGUGCAAGGCGUGAGCAAAAGGUUUUUGCGCCUUGUCGUCAGCAACGACGCGGAACUCGGCUACAAGCGCGUAGCGGAAGAACGACUUAUUGGAAUCGAGAAGAUCUACGAGGAGCUUAAAGCAGUCAUGAGGAAUUUCAAGCUCGACGAACGCGAGAUUGGCUGUCAAAAGCUGAGCGACAUUUUCGGGAGGAUGGUGGAAAAGGACAACGACGUAGCGACUCUCAUGGGUCUAGAAGGCGUGACUGGUUCACAAGCGCGUGAUAUCCUACGCUACAUCGAAGAGUUCAUCAGAGCAGACAAAUUUGAUUUUACGCCAAGUGAUGCCUACAAUUUUAUGAUGAGGCGUAGCAAACUCCACGAGACUGCAAGUGCUUACGCCCACCUGUACGAGAAGUUCCGCGAACACAAGAAGUUUUUCUUGAGUCUCCAAUGGCACUGGAUCGUGUACAACAAAGAUUUUUGGGCGGCCAAGGAGGCACUGGAAACGAACGCGAUUAAAGACGCUGCAACAAAUUAG